AUGUUUAAAAAGCCGUUCAACAUAAAAUCGAACACAAAUUUGAGGAACUCUGACUGUAGAAAAUUGCUGAAACGGGUGGAGCCCGGCGUUGCCGAGGCGCUGCCGAAAAAGGCCAUUGUAUCGCAUGUAAAGAUCACGACUUUCAACGAGGCUUUGCUGAAUGUUUACCUCUUCGACAGGGUCCCGCUAUUUUUCGACGACAACCCGGAUGGAUAUCUCGUACCUACUGUCUACGCGGCUUGGGCUUAUCCUGAGUGCUGUCCGAUAUUGGUCGUACAUCAAGAGGUUUUCGGCUACUUAGAGAAUGGGGCCGACUUGAUGUUACAAGGCGUAAUCGUUAAUUCAAAUAUACAGCUGCCUACGUUUGAUCGAGGAGUGCCAGUAGCGAUCGCGACUUUGGGAAAAGAUGGAAAGCUCCGUGGCCCUCUCGCGAUCGGUGCCUCGAUAAUCUCAUCGGAAAUGAUGCAAAAAUGUGGAAUGCAAGGAAAAGGCGUCCAAAUCAUGCAUAUCUUCAGGGAUCAUUUAUGGGAAAUGGGACCACGAACUCAACCACCCCUCUUAGACCCGAAUGUUUUGCAGAAACAGCUACGCUUGGCGCCGGAAAUUGUUGACGAAAUUGGGGGUCUUUCCAUUGAAGAAAACGCUGGCAGUAUACAAGAAGUUUCAACUCAAUCUGGUUCUUCGCAACUUAAAGAAAAAGACACCGAGAGUGGAGAUGUGGAAGAAGAGGUGGAAACGGAAACGGCCGAAGAUUUGUUGAUGAGAUGUUUCUUGGCUGGAUUGCGGUAUCGACUUGGAAAAUCAGCGACUUUGCCCUAUGAUGUCGGACAAUUUUACUCGUGCUGCCUUCUAAAAUGUGUACCCGAGGGAAAAAGACUCGACGUCAAGAAGACGAAAUUUAAGAAAUUCGCGAACUUUUUGAUCGAAUUGAAUAAGGAUCCGAAUGGGCCACUUCUUAAAAUCACCGCCAAGGGAAAGGGAGUCGACGUGAUUUCUGAAGUGAACUGGGAUCAUCCAUUGCUUACACACUUUAAGUUGACGAAUGAGAGGACGAAAGAUGACGUGUCCGGCAAUGGCUCGGCGGCGUCAAAGGGUCCACAAAUCAAGGAAUAUUAUGCGAUCACUGAUGCUUUGGUUCCCUUGCUGCGAGCGCAAACCGCGCAAUACAAUCGUGGGGAUUUGCUGAAUGCGCCAGAAGUUCGUGAGAUUGUCACCGCUUAUGUGAAAAAGGAGAACCUAAACGAGGGGAAAAUGGUGAAAAUGGACCCACUUCUGAGCUCGAUCACUGGGAUUUCACAGGAAAAAACCGAUUGGAACAUGAUUAUACAAAAGUGG